GGCCGGGCUGGGGGCACUGGCCGGGGCCGAGCCGCCCUCUCCCGCCCCAGGGCGCGCCAUGGCAGACUACCGGAUCCGUCCGUACCGCGACGAGGACUACGAGGCGGUGCGCGAGGUCUUCGCCACCGGCAUGAACGAGUACGCGCCGGCGCUGUGCCUGCACGUGCUGCGGCAGCCCUGGGUGCUGCUGGUGCUGGGCUGCGUCUUCUGCCUGCUGCUCGCCAGCUCCCGCUCCCUGCUGCUGCCCGUCCUGGCCCUGACGCUGCUGCUGGCCCUGGGCCGGCAGCUGCUGGGCUGCGCCUGGAGCACCUACAUCGAGCGCUGCCUCGGGGACGACCUGCGGGACAUCCGGGCCGCCUACAUGGAGAGCCCCGGCGCCCGCUUCUGGGUGGCGGAGGCGGAUGAGCGGGUGGUGGGCACGGUGGGCGUGCGGCCGGCCGGCGGCCAGGAGCUGGCGCUGAAGCGGAUGGCGGUGCGCAAGGACUACCGCGGCCGGGGCAUCGCGGCGGCGCUGGGACGCACCGCCCUGGCCUUCGCGCGGCAGCAGCGCGGCUGCCGGGCCGUGGUGCUCAACACCAUGAUGCUGCAGCACGAGGCGCGCGCCCUCUACGAGCGCCUGGGCUUCCGCCAGCACCGCCACUACCUCCUGCCCACCGCCUACGGCCGCCUGGCCAACUGCACCGUCACCACCUACCGCUACGACCUGCCCUGAGCCUGGCGGCACCGGGAGAGCCCAUGCACAGACCCCGCUGUGCCGGAGGCUCCGUGGGCUGUGCCCGGGGAGCCGCCCGCUUCGUGCCUUUUGGCCAAGCCGCACCAGCGAUGCCUCUCAGGGAGCGUGUGGCCGGGGGCCGCGGGGGGCUGGGACCCUCGUGCCGUGCGGUGCCUCGCUGGGGACACGUGCAGGGAGUCGGGCUGGCUGUCCCCACCGCCCCAACCCUGCUGCACCCUGAGAAGCCCGCCCUGGGGGGGGUUUCCCUGGGGCGUGUACAUGUGUGCGUGAUGCCCCCGUGUCCCCUGGGUGCGUGGGGACCCCACGGAGGUGCUGUGUGGCUGCGUCCUCCCGCUGCCCCCCUGCAGUGCCCGGGGGCCGGGGGCUGCCCCUGCCACCCCCCUCGCAGGCAGUGAAAUAAAAGUGAUAAAAGUGUCUGCAGCGCU